UCACCACAGGCUUCCUGUCUAAGCUUUCUCUGCUCUCCCUUAUCUGAAUCUUUCCACUCUCUCGCAGAAGGACCCGAACUGAGGAGACAGACCGUGUCAGGGCAUGAGGAAGAGAUGUUUCUGAGGCUGCUGCUGCUGCUGCUCCUGCCAGUGCUGUGGGGGGGAUCCCUGGCUAAGGAUUCAAGGUACUGGCUGAAACUAACGGAGUCUGUGACUGUGCAGGAGAGUCUGUGUGUCUUAGUGCAGUGCAAGUUUCCCUGGAGUGGAUCCCCCUAUCUGUAUUUGUUCAAGAAAGUAGGGAUUAAAAAUAAUGCUCAUUUAGUGGCCACAACUGAUCCCGAAGAGGAGCUACAGGAGAGGAUCCAGGGCCGGUUCUUGCUCCCCAGGGACACCAAGUCCAAGAACUGCUCCCUGAUCAUCAGAGAUGCCAACAUGGGGGACAGUGGAACCUACUUCUUUUAUUUAAAAUAUAAAUUCUAUGGAACAAAAUUUGAAGAUGCAUUUUUCACUCUGAGAGUGACAGGUAUAGUAGGGGCCCAAAGAAAGACCCCACCCCGGGUGUCAGGUACCAGAAAUGGAAAAAUGAAGGCCCCUCAGGUUGGGGUGGGGACAGCCAUGACAAAACCCUGGGGCAGGCUGACAUGCCGAGGGGUCCUAACCAUCUCUCUCUUCACUCCAGCCCUGACUAACAAACCUGAGAUCCUCAUCCCAGGGGCCCUGGAGUCCGGCCGCCCCAAGCAAUUGAACUGUUAUGUGAGCUGGGCCUGUAAGGAGGGCACACCCCCCAUCUUCUCUUGGACAUCAGCUGCCCACAGCUCCCUGGAUCUCAGGUCUCAUCCUCUGUCCUCCAUGCUCACCCUCACCCCACGGCCCCAGGACCACGGCACCAACCUCACCUGUCAGGUGCACUUUCCUGCCACUGGUGUGACCAUGGAGACAACCAUCCAGCUCAAUGUGGCCUAUGCUCCACAUAACAUGGCCAUCAGCAUCUUUCAAGGAAACAGCACAGCCCUCAAGAUUCUGCAAACCACAUCCCUUCCCAUCCCGAAGGGUCAGACCCUGAGGCUGCUCUGUGUGGCUGACAGCAACCCUCCUGCCAAGCUGAGCUGGUUCUGGGGGUCCCCGGGCCUGAACGCCACCCCCAUUUCCAGGACCGCCAUCCUGGAGCUGCCUCGCGUGGGGCCUGCACAGGAAGGAGAGUUCACCUGCCAAGCUCAGCACCGGCUGGGCUCCCAAACUGUGUCUCUUAACCUCUCCGUGGUCUACCCUCCACAGCUGCUGGGACCCUCCUGCUCCUGGGAGGACCAGGGUCUGCACUGCAGCUGCUAUGCCAGGGCCCAGCCGGCCCCCUCCCUGCGCUGGCGCCUGGGGGCGGGGCUGCUGGAGGGGAACCACGGCAAUGCUACCCACAAGGUUACCUCCCGCUCAGCGGGGCCCUGGACCAACAGCUCCCUGAACCUCUGCUGCGAGGGGCUCAGUAAGGGACUCAGACUCAGCUGCGAGGCCCGGAAUGAGCACGGGGCCCAGAGCGCCUCUGUCCUGCUGCUGCCAGGUAAACCGGAAUCCAGGGCCGGUCAAGUCCUGGGAGUGGUUGGGGGAGCUGGCGUCAUGGCCCUGGCCCUGCUUUCUCUCUGCCUCUGUCUCAUCUUCAGAGUGAAGACCUGCAGGGACAGAGCAACCCAGCUAAUGCAGAGCGUGGACAAGGAUGUGAACCCAGGCUCUGGCUCCAGCUCCGGCUCUGGCUCUGGGGCACACCAGCGCCCGUUCCGGACGGCCAGCCCUUCGGCUCCCCCAGCCCCUGGGCGUGCCGGCCCCCUCGCCAACGGGGAACAGGACCUCCACUAUGCUGUCGUCAGGUUUCACAACCCGAAGCCGCAGGGAACGGAAGAGGCCAGCAUCGUGUACUCGGAGAUCAAGACUCACAAGACGUUCAACUCCUCAGCGGUCACCCUCACACCAGGGCCCCAGGACCACGGCAUCAACCUCACCGGGUCACUGGCCUUCCCUGGAGCCGAGGUGAGCGCCGAGAGGACCAUCCGCCUCAGCGCGUCCUGCUACAAUAUGGGCCCCAAAAUGAUGUCUACUUACCCCGAAAGUGACUCUGGCCCUUCCCUGCUCAGAACUCACCAUGGCACCCUCAUCCCUCAGUGCAUCCCCUGUGCAUGA